UGUGUCUUACAGUUCUCCGGGAGGAGCAGUCCCUGUCAGACGGCCGGCAGCACACGCACACACGCACCCGCGCACACCCCUUCACGGACAGACACAGCACCGACCAGCAGCCAUGGCCGUCCGGAACACGGGCUCUCUGCUCCUUGGACUCGCGCUCCUCCUUCGCACCUGGGGAGCGUGGGCCUUGGAGGUCAACAUGGAGGACAGGGUGGAGGUGCACGCCGGGGUUUCCGCUAACAUCACCUGCAUGUUCACGUCGGAUGAGGGCAUUGGCGGCAUGAUCAUACGCUGGUUGUAUUUUGACUUGAAAGGCUCAGGCGAGAAGAAGGAGCUCUACUAUCAGGACCCCACCGUCAGGGAGGUACGGCAGGGCACGCCGCUGACGGACCGCAUCAGCGUGAGUGGUCCUGGAGAACGAGGAGACGUGGUGCUGACUAUCCACAACGUGAGAGUACAGGAUGAACUAGAAUUUAUCUGCGUAGUCAAGCACCUAGUGGGUGAAGUGGCGGAGGGACGCACACAACUGAGGGUGUUUGACGCACCAGACAGACCCACCAUCGAAGGUGUCACCACAGGACUCUCAGUCAAUGACAUUGAUAAAGCAAAGAUCGGCGUGUGUGAGGUCAAGAAUGGCUACCCCAGGCCCAACAUCACCUGGUACCGCAAUGAAAUGCCUCUUCGCAAUAGCGAUGACGUGGAGGUGAUUCCCAGAGUCACUGUUGAGUCCAGUGGUCUCAUCUCUGUUAGUAGCGAGCUGCAUAUGAAGGUAGCGAUGGAGGAUAAAGAUUCCAAGUUCUACUGCGAGGUCAACUACUUUGUUCCUGGGAUGGUGAGGAUGAUGGAGACCGACAGGAUUAGCAUCAAUGUGUUAUACCCCUCCACAGUUUUAACCCUGUGGGUGGAGUCGCCGACGAGGAAAAUCAAGGAAGGGGACACGGUUCGGCUUCACUGCGCUGGCAACGGGAAUUCUCCGGCCUCCUUUUCAGUUGGGCCUGUAAAUGGUUCUCAGACUGAGGUAGAGAAGCCCUACGUGUUGGUGCUGGAAAAGGUGACCCGUGGGGACGGCGGCCAGUACCAGUGCUCCUCUAUGGACAUGGAAACUUAUGAGGAGAUCUCAAAAAAGAUCACAGUGGAUGUCAACUAUCUCGAUCCUGCUGUAGUGAUGCCCGGCGACACUAUUGUCCUGGCUCAAGGUGAAGAGAUGAAAGCCACAUGCAACGCCCUCUCAUCUUUACCAACUGUAACAACCUGGUUUAAGGAUGGAGAGGAGGUCUUCCAGGGCCACACUUUGAUGGUGACGCUGGACUCGGCUGGGACGUAUUUGUGCAAAGUGACUGUUCCUGAGAUCGAGGGGAUGGAAACCAGCACCACACUUCAAGCUUAUGUGAAGGGUCCUCCCAGGAUCACCACGGAGCAGGACACGGAGAUAGAGGAGAGCGCCGGGAACUCUGUGGAGCUGCGCUGCGCCGCCAGCGGAUUCCCCUCAGUCAGCAUCACCUGGAGCACGGCCGACGGACAGGUCAUUAGGGAAGCAACGAAAACGGAAAUGGAAACGGGCGGCGGCGCUGAGAGCGCGGUGAGGAUCCAGGUGGACUCUGACAUCACCGUGCUCUGCAACGCCUCCAACGCGUACGGCAGCGACGCGCUGACCUUCAGCAUCAAAGCCACUAUAAAUACCACCUCACCAGCCAAUACUCCUACUACCACUAGUACUACUACUACAACUACUACUACUACUACUACACCUACCAAUACAACCACCACUACAGUGUCCACAGUCAAAGCAGAAUCAGCCUUCCCACCAAAGAAAAUCAAAAAAGAGGGCAGCGGUGUUGUGAUUGCCGUCAUCAUCAUCUGCAUCCUGCUGCUGGCCGUCCUGGGCAGCGUGCUCUACUUCCUCUACAAAACAGGCAAGAUCUGUGGCCGCUCCGGCAAACAAGACCUCACUAAAGACCCGUCGACCAAAGACGACAUCGUAGUGGAGAUGAAGAGCGACAAUACGGAGGAAGCCGUUCUCCUGGGGGUCAACGGGGAGAAACUGCCUCCCGGGGACCAGUAAAGGGCGGCGGGACCCUGAACGUGACGCGGUGACUGACGCAGACCCCACAGCCCCUCCCUCACGGCCUCACGCCUGCCGACGCCCCGCAGCUUCGCCACGGAGCUACGUCACGGAGAAGCUCAGUCGUCUGUCGGUGGAUGUGUGGACGGACGACUGGGACUAGACCCCCCUCCGCCCCCCACCAGGCCGCGGCCUUUGCUUGCUGCCACUCGAGCUUUAACCCACACGCCUUCAGUCCACGGAUGCGUCACGCCGAAGCUCUGCCCAGUCGGCCUCCGCUGCCGAUCGGCCCAAGAACCGGAGCACAAAGACGACCAGGGACAAAAGCAGCUCUGUCAUGUGUACAUAUUAUAACCUGUGUAUAUACUUCAUUAUUUAAAGUAACGCAAUAGAGAGCGAACAACCAAAAAUGAAUGACCAGAUAGUGCUUUUAUUUGUCCUGGUGUUUGAAGUCUGUACACUGAAUUCUUGCUGGGAUGCAGCGACGCCUCCCUUUGCAGCCAGUUCCAGCCUUGUGUCACUCCUGUUGUUCUCUUCAGAUAACACGCUUGCCUUACGCUCCACACUGUGUAUUCUAAAGACUUUUAGGAAAUCUCUAUUCAGGGUUUUGUCUUUAAGGCAUGAACAUUAUUGGUCGCGCGUCGCCCCAGUGGAGCUGCAGUAAAAUGAUGCCUUGCAUUUAGGAUGAUGUAGAAAGUCAACGUUUUGUACUAUUAGCUGUGGUUAUAUUUAAUGUUCACUGCACUGAUUUCUUGAGGGUUUUUUAUGUUCGAAGAUUGAUUUGUGACCUUAUGUAACUGAUAUUUACUGUAAUUCUGUAGCGUUUUUUUCUCAAAGAGGGAGGAUAAGCUGGUUCUGGGUUCAUGCAGACUGCGUCAUGACGUCACCUCUGACACAUUUAUUCAUUGAAAUGUCGAUGAAUAAAUGUAUGCAUUGGCCUGAACUUGAAGUCAUGUGCGAGAUGCGAGUCCAGAAGCGACGCCUUGUAAUUAUGGGGUGCCAAAUGUAAAAGGAGCACCUAUAACUAGUUUUCUCACAUUUAACUAAAUGACACAACCUUUUUUUCUUACAUUUAGUUAAAUGUGCAAAAGUCUAAAUGUAAAUGUUAAAUGUAAAUGUUAAAUGUAAAUGUAAAUGUAAAUGUUAAAUGUUAAAUGUUAAAUGUAAAUGUUAAAUGUAAAUGUUAAAAUCUAAAUGUUAAAUGUAAAUGUUAAAUGCUAAAUGCUAAAUGUAAAUGUUAAAUGUAAAUGUUAAAUGUUUGCCGAGUGUAAAACUGAAUAUUCAUGAAUAGGCAAGUAGACUCCAUCCCUACCCUCAAACAGCGCUGGUCUCAGAUCAGAGACGCGAACUCAAUCACCUCAAACAGUGCGCGCAAACCCCGCCCACAUCUGAUCUGGAAACUUUUGUUUUUAGCCUGGACGUAACAUCGGCUAGCUAGUAUAGUUAGCCAACUAAUUCUCCACCGGCGCCACAGAAAUAUUCUUUUUAAACCUACUUGACUUCUCAUUAAUGGUGUUUACGACAGAACGGCAGUUUGAAGCGGAGCCUCAGCCCGCACACCUGCCGUUACAGCCCGUUCAAUCUCCCCCAACGGGAGGGAGUCGGAGCUGGCGGCCAUGAUGGCUUCGACUUCAGGCUUCUCUCCAGUAUUUUCGUUCACCGAUCCAGAUGUGGGCGGAGCUAUGCGUACUGUUUGACGUGUUUGAGUUCGCGUCUCUGAUCUGAGACCAGUGCUGUUUGAGGGUAGGGAUGGCGUCUACUUGCCCAUUCAUGAAUAUUCAGUUUUACACUCGGCCAACAUUUAACAUUUACAUUUAACAUUUAACAUUUAACAUUUAACAUUUAUAUUUAACAUUUACAUUUAACAUUUACAUUUAUAUUUAACAUUUACAUUUAUAUUUAACAUUUACAAUUAGACUUUUGCACAUUUAACUAAAUGUGAGAAAACAUGUUGUGUCAUUUAGUUAAAUGUGAGAAAAUUAGUUAUAGGUGCUCCUUUUACAUUUGGCACCCCAUAUGUAAUGCUCCUCAUAUAAAUGUUAUUCACUGUUGACGCUGAUGACUACUGAGGAGAGGAGGCGGUGACUCAACAUAUGCAAAAUCAAGUCUGGAGACAAUCAACGACCAGAAUCUUUGUGCAGCUUCAGACUCCUCCUGUCCCGCGCUCUUUUCUUUUUCUGCAGUUCCCUCUGUUUCAAGUGCUUUAAUGCGUUUUUAAAAUAGUGACGUUCAAACCAAUUUACCAACAAAUUUAUUGUUUGUAGUUUUAAAAAAAUAUACCAAAUAAAGUUUGACUGUUCAGCGAUUAAAAAAGAAUGUCUUUA